UCCUAUCGCCCGUCCCAUCUCCACCGCCCACCGCAUCGCUACCGCCCCCCGCCCCCCCGCGCCAUCCCGAGUUCCCGACCCUCACCCCUCGCACCUCCAUUUAAACCCCACCCGUCGGCGGCCGAAUCUCGGAGCGCCCCCGCGACCGACCCCCCCAUGCUGCGCUGCCACAUCCCGCCGCAAUGCGGCCCAGCCCCGCUCGGCCGCCGCGGCCUGCCCCGGGCGGUGCGCUGCGCCGCGCGGGCCCCGUCGCGGGGGGCCGUGGCGGCGGCGGCGGCGGCGGCGGCGCAGGUCGCCGCGGCGGCGGUGGCCACGGCCGAGGGGCGCGAGGGGGCGGAGCGGCCCGGCCUGGCGGAGCGGCUGCGGAUGGGGAGCCUCCUCGAGGACGGCCUCUCCUACAAGGAGAGCUUCAUCGUCCGCUGCUACGAGGUCGGCAUCAACAAGACCGCCACCGUCGAGACCAUCGCCAACCUCCUCCAGGAGGUAGGGUGUAAUCAUGCACAAAGCGUUGGGUUCUCCACCGACGGUUUUGCCACGACUACAACAAUGAGAGAACUUGGACUCAUUUGGGUGACAAAUAGGAUGCACAUUGAGAUCUACAAAUACCCUGCUUGGGGUGAUGUUGUUGAGAUCGAAACAUGGUGCCAAGCUGAUGGAAAGAUCGGUACUCGGCGUGAUUGGAUCCUUAAGGAUUUAGCUAAUGGUGAAGUUAUUGGUAGAGCUACCAGCAAGUGGGUCAUGAUGAACCAAAAUACACGCAGACUUCAAAGAGUCAGUGACGAAGUCAGGGAUGAGGUGUUUAUCCACUGUCCAAAGAGUCCAAGAUUAGCAUUCCCUGAGGAAAAUAAUGGUAGUCUGAAGAAGAUUCCUGUUCUAACAGAUCCUGCACAGCACUCGAGGCUCGGUCUAGUGCCUAGAAGAGCUGAUCUGGACAUGAACCAACAUGUCAAUAAUGUCACUUACAUUGGUUGGGUCCUCGAAAGCAUACCUCAAGAUAUUAUUGAUACCCACGAGUUGCAAACAAUCACUCUUGACUACAGAAGAGAAUGCCAGCAUGAUGACAUAGUCGAUUCUCUCACCUAUAUAGAGGAGGAGGAGAUAAAUUCUAAUGGAUCUCUGUUUUCAGCGCCGCACCCAGAAGAGCAGCGUCAGUUCUUGCACUGCUUGAGAUUUGCUGGGGCUGGGGACGAGAUCAACCGUGGUCGCACCGUGUGGAGGAAACUGGCUAGAUAGAAAGUGAUAUGUAUUUGCUCAUAUGUAUUGUGCUGUUCCAUUUGUUUUACCGUUUUGCUCUUUGUGACCGGCGCCGCAUCAGGAGAGGAUCAAUUGUACCCGGAAUUUUGUGAUUACCUUUGUGACAUGUGUAACAGUCAAUGCCAACCUGUGGCAAAUGUUGGACCUCAGCUGGUGUUCAUCCGUUUUGGACUAUGCAAUAUAUGUAUGUAUACAAGACUACAAGAGGUCCAUUGA